AUGGCUCUUAAAGACCUUCUCAAGAAGAAAGACAAAAUCAAAGACGACCACACCCAGCAAGUUCAGCAGCACCAGCAGCCGCAGCGCUUUUACCAGCAAGAGCCUUUCUCUCCUCCUCCUCCUCCUCCUCCUCCUAAUCCUCCAGAAUUUAAAUUCUUCCGCUCAGACACAUACACCACCGAAUCCAUUCAACCUCCUGGACAACACCAAGCCCAGGCCGACUCGCACUCCCACCCCUUUCAUCCCGAGUCCCAAUCUCGAUCCGAAUCUCCUACAUCCUCGAAUCCCUCCUCGUCGUCGCGCAGUCCAUUUUCCCGCUUGCACCGUUUAUCCAAUGUCUCUUCCGCUGGGGCCAGCGAGAACUCGCCCAGCCAAGAAUUAUCCCCCGCACAGAGUGAAAAGCGCGAACGCCGUCUUUCCCAGCGCCUGCAUCUGAACCGUGCUUCACGCUCCGCUAGCACCUCAUCUGUCAACCUCCCAUCGCAUCUCCCGCAGAUCGCGCCAGACACAGGCGAUGCACAGGAUCGUGAGGCUCAGUGGGAGAAGAGGGCAACGAUCAUGAUUCUUACCUCUGUGAUAUAUUGGGCAGGGAUAUACCUACGGAGAAUAUCCAAGAAGCAAUUCGACUACAUGAAAAUGGGCAGCUCGCGGAAUCAACACGCAUGUUUGGGCAAACUCGCAGAUCCCAAUGGUGCGAAUAAUGCUUUGAGUCAAGUGCUCUAUGGCCUCGCUCUUCGACAUGGAUGGGGUUGCGCGCCUGACCCUGAAAAAGCCAUAACCUACUUAUCCGCUGCAGCAUCCAAUUCUGCCUCGAUUGAGGCCGAAGCUCUGAACGCAGGGAUGAAGAAAGGGGGCGCUGCGAAAGGGGAGUUGGUGCUUGCCAUGUAUGAAUUGGCCAAUUGUUUCCGUAACGGCUGGGGAGUAGCCAAAGAUCCUGUCGCUGCUAGGCAUUACUAUGAGACUGCAGCAAAUCUAGGAGACACGGAUGCCAUGAAUGAGGCAGCCUGGUGUUACUUGGAGGGGUUUGGGGGGAAGAAAGAUAGGUAUAUGGCCGCAAAAUACUACCGCCUCGCUGAAGAGAACGGCAACAAGACUCUUGGAAAUACUUGGUUAGUUUUAUUCCUUCGUCCUUCUUUUCUCCAUAUAAGUUUUCACCGCCUUUCCUUCAUCACAAAUCCCUCCCUCGACUCAAUACAUCGUAUCAAUUUGCAGAUGCCCUUCCCUUCUAUUCCACCCGCAAAGCAUAAAAUCCCUUCCCCAGAAAUGACCCCACCUGGACCUGCCCCCGCUCAAUCCCAUGCCACACACACGCGCCAUGCCCAUGGCCGUGCUGAGGCCACCCUUUCUCGUGUUUUGCGUUUUCGUGUUUGUGUGCUCUGUGGCUGUACAACGCACCGUCUCAAUAUCCUCCAAGCUCAGUUGCAGGGUGUCCAUGCUUCAAUUUGGCACACAGAAAAAGCAAACCGACCUGAACUUCUCCCCCCCGCUUCUUUUUUCAUUGUUUCCCAAAUGUCCAGACAUGCUGCAAAUUAUGUGACAAAAGCGCCUGUUGCUCUUGACGCCGUUCCUGUUCCAUCGUUGCAAACCGCAAGCGUCAGGCGGUCUUCAUUGGCCAUCAGCUCUUGCGUAUUUUUAGCACUGCCCCCCGCACCACGCAAAGUGCAGGCAGAAGCACCGCAGGCCAAAGAAACAGCAAAAUCCAAUCAUUCUCGUUGGUCAAAUUUUUCGUUGAUCGCUGACUGA